AUGGGUUUCUUGGCAGAAAGAAGUCGAAAAAUAGGUCGGCGCGCAGGCGGGGCCGGGCUAAACGUCCAAGGUUCUCCGCACUCCGCCCCUUGGUCCUGCAAGCCCAACCCGGCAGGGUCCAGCUUCCCAGCGCGCUCGAACAGCCACCUGGACCCGUUCCUGCUCCAGCAUCUGGCGCCCGAGGUCUACAACGCCAGCCGCGUCUAGGAACCAUAUGUGUUGUCCGACUCUGAGAAUCACUCAUUAAAGUACUUGGUCCUCUGUUACCAGCUCAUCUACCUGACCGAGACCUCACCCAAGUCCAAGUGGCAGGCCGUGGUGCUGCAGGAGGUUGUGGCCAUUGAUCUGAUUGAUGGUUACCCAGAAUUUUUGAGUCCACAAGAUAGAGAAACUAACCAACACAUUCAUAUAGUCUAUUCACCUCUUUUGAAAAAGAGCGAAAAAUCAAAAGUUCCCAGGAAAUUUUUGUUACCAUUUCAUCACACCAAUGCUAACAACGAAAAAGUCAAGGAAAAGAACAGUGGCUCUUUCUUUUGGAGAGGCAACGAGCCUAAAAGUCUGGAUGAAUCCUCUCUCAGGAAGCACCAACAGAGCAGCACACUGUACGGUUCAACUCUCUGUCCUCCUUCAGACCUAUCCGUUCUGCAACGUGCCUUUCGACCCCUAGCCGCCCCCUCCAGGAGGAGCUGUCUGUCCACAACCGCCACAGGCAAGGCUGUCAGAGUGCCAUCUUGCAACACAAAAGAACCCCAGGGACUUUCAGAUCACAAAGACUCUCUAAGUGAUCCUUUCAAGUGCAAUGGGAACGGAAACGAGUUUUACUUAGGAAAUUCCUCCCUGGCCUCCCCUUUACAAAGCAAACCAAACCUAGAGAAGAAAGAAUCAAAAUUUCAUUUGUACAUUAUUUCCACAACGUCAUCAAUAUUUCUGUACUUAAAAAGUUCAUGGAACAAUUAUAUUAUAAAAGCUACUCUUUUACAAGACCCCCUAUAUGUUAGUGAGCUCAGUCCUGCCGCUGGCACUCAAUCCACUGAGCCACACCAAUUUGAGGAGAAAAUUAACCAUUUCAGUCAACUUAAAUCUGAACUUUUUCUUAAAGACAAUACAUUAAGGAAGAUACUUUAUUUAAUUAUGGAACUUAAAGUAGCAGCCCAGAAAAACUUUAUUUUGGAGAGGCUUUUCUGGAAAACCAGUGACCUUUUCUAUUUCCUAGUGAACAAACUUCACGAGUACUUGCCAGAGUCUAGGGAUAAGAAUGUACUUCAGAAUAAAAGCCAAAGAGCUGAUGAGCUGGUGGAGUGCACUGAAAUCAUACAGACUCUGGGACUGAUGUUCAGAGAAACCAAAACUGAGUCAUCACAUCUGAACACAUUGGCAGCUAAGUAAGGAACACUAAUUAAUCUCUUGGUAAUAUUAAUUAGCAAGCCUCAGAUUCCAAAAUCUUGUCCUAUCCAGUUGGUGGUUGAGUCUUUAGUUGAGAUAUCUUUGGAUGUUGAGGGGCUGGGUACAGCUACUUUUGCGGCUGGUGUUGUGAAGCAAGUGGUGAAGGGGCUUUCAGCUUCAUUUCAGCUGUUAAGUCCCAGCCAAGCAGUUCUGUUGUACCAGCAGUUUUACAUCCUCAAGAGUCGCCUGCAGUACAGCAAGACUUCAGCUGAGUAUAUUAGGAGAAAUGACAGAGAAGAAUUCAGGUACUGUAUUCACAUGCCAGCCUUGGGAAAAAGGCUCCCACUGGGUUAUCCUAUUACCCAGCCUACCACUCAACUUUUUCAUGAAGUUCUGAAAUUGGUUGAACAGAAACAACGUGUGAAAUGUUAAAAAUUCAGUAUAAAAUGUUAAUCAAAAGUCAACUUAAUA